AUGGGUGCUGCUGAAUCAAAGCUCAGCUUCAAGACCAGGGUCUUCCAUCUUGCCUCAGCAGAUGAGAUUGCCUCCGAUGACCCCUACUGGCAGAUGUUCUGGACGACUCCUGAGUCUGUGGACGACAUCUUCAACUUGCUCACUGUCGACGACAUCAAUUUCAUCUGCACCAAGAACACCACAAACUUCCUCAGGUUGAUCAGAAUCGUCAGCUACAAGUUCCUCAGCUUGUCCAGCAAGAAGCAGUUUCCUCAUCCCUCCCUUGCCCCAACCUCCCACCUUCUCAACUGCACCAGACUACUCACCAGAUUGCUUCCCUUUCUCUUUGAGAACCCAGACUUCAACGACUACGAGACUCUUUUGUUCUGGUCCAAGGGUGUCAAGUUUGACAAAGAUCCAAACCUUUCCCUGGCCUCUGCUGAAGCAACUGUUGGUACUUUGUCCCCAAAUCCCAAUGUUUCUCCUACAAAUAUACCAAAAUCAUCGCUUUUGUUCUCCCACAUCCAGGCCCUGCCUCAAUCACCACUAUCACCACCAUCAUCUCAGCAGGAAUCAACACACUCCUCUACUUCUUUAAAUGUGAACAUCGACAGCCCAGUAUUCGAGUUUCCCUUGGGUGCUCAAUUGGUAUUUGCUUGCGUCAGACUACUAUUCACAAGACACUUUACUAUAUCGCCUCCCGACAACACUGUCAACAGAAACCUAAAGGGUGUUGAUUUCACUAUAUGGGAACCUGGCAUUGGCAAUGCCAACUCAAAAUACUCAGAUCCCUCAACUGAAAUCGACGCAAACAGACUCGACGUGCUACGAUUACUACUCACUCUAUGCUCCCAAUGUCUCUACAUCUCUCCGGUUAACUUGGUCUCAAAGGGCUCAAGAUUCCUAACUGUCUUGGUCACUUCAACCCCAAAAUUACAGCUCCUAACUCUACUUUGCUCUUUAAUCAACUUGAUCUGCAGAAGCUGCAAACUAAAGGACAGCAACAACACAAAUGGCCUACACUACCAAAGCUCUCCCUUGCUAGAACUCAGGCACUCAAUGGUAACCUACUCCUUUGAACUAUUCACUCUUAUGCUAGUAUAUCCAAUUCCAAAGGACACUCUUUUCCUAAAACAAUUGGGAAUCUACGACCCCUCCUACAACCCCAAAUCUCACAACAUUGUUCGCUUUUUCCUAAGCAAACUACACAAAAAAAAUGAAUUGAUCUUCCUAAUAACUCAUCUACUAACCUUCUUAAAACAGCCCAUGCUAAUCACAAGAGAUAACGAACUAUCUGCCUUCGCAAUCAUAAAAAGAACGACAAACUCAAAUAUAUCCGAUCCUCCAAUUUGGUCUACUGAAAUACUAAUGAUAAUUUGGGAACUAUUCCAAUGCAACAAAAAUUUCAGACAAUGUUUGGUCACUCUUAAAAACUUUUCAAAUGAACUAAUCAUAACCCUUCUAUACUAUAUAAUAACCUUUCAAAACUCAGAAUCACACAAAAAUAUCGUUCGAUUAACAAGCUAUCUAGUACUCUAUCUCUCUUCAAAUAAAGACGUCUGUCUUAACUUACUAAAUCCGAUCACCAUGCUGUUUUAUAAUCAAUUGCCUUCCUCUUUUAAACCAAGUCCAAAUCCCAUAACUUAUAGAGACUUGAUCGUCAUUAAAAUUUCUAAACUAUUAAUCAAUGAACCAGAAUUAUCAAGAAAUAUCCUAAUGCCAACAUAUAUCGAAUGGUUAUAUAAUUUAAUUCCCAUUGCAAUUCCAAUGCGAUAUACUCCUCCCAAUGAUACUACUACUAAUAAUAAUGAAAUUAAUAAUGAAAAUGAAAAUAAUAAUGAGAAUAAUGAUCUAAUUAUUAGCUCUAUUAAUAAAGCAUCGAUUAAUCCAGGAGGCGGAUUAUCAGAUAAUGCCGCAACAUCAAUAACUCAAGUCAUAAUAAAACUCUCACAAACUAGAUUUCUACUGGCCUCCUCAAUGAAUCCAGAUUUAUUGGCUUUGAUCGUUAGAGCAAUUUGUAAUGCUAUUUGCAGAUAUCCAAAACAAUCAAGAACUCUAAUCUUCAUCAUUGUCAAAAAUGCUAGAAUCUAUAACAGCAUUUAUUUGCAAAUCAAGAAUACUGCAACCAAAAAACAAGAAUCAAGUGAAAGCAUUAGCCAGAUAUUGAAAAUGGGACUACCGAGAACAGGCAGCAAUUUGUCAGUCAAUACUAAUAACAGCCUUGCUAAUAACAACAAUACCAACGAUCACAAUUCAAUACAUUCACUUUCAGAUAGUAAUAGUCUUAAGACAAAUAGUAGGAAUUCCAGCGUUAUCAGUCUUGAUAGUAUAGUGAACAAUGAUUACAAUGAUGAUAAUAAUAACAACAACAACAACAAUAGCACCGACCAUUUGGAGAGCAUCGAAGAAUUUAAACCCUUGAAUGAAAUUAAAAAAGAAGAAGAAGAAAUAGAUUCUGCUUUAAGACCUGCACCUCCAAGCGGAAUGUCUGCAAAAGCAAAGGGAAAGUUGCCAGCAGAUGCCCCAUUAUAUAGAACAUGGUCUGGAUUGGCUUCAUUGAAAAUCAUACUAAAAUUCAUAGAAUUGAUUCGAAAAAAUAUAAACAAUUUUGACGAUUAUAAAGUUGGAGAAUCAAUCGCAUUGCUUAAAUCUAUUGAAAUAAUACCAGAUAUAGAAGAAAAAAUAUCAAAAAUCGCCAGUGCAGAGUACUUACCUGCAACAAAUUUACCUCAGCUAAAGUUUUUAUGGUCAAAUGUUUCUCUAGGCUGGUAUGAAAGUAUACUUUGGGGACAAAUCUAUAGAAUUGAUUUUAAUUUAUCAAUAAAGCUAAACAACAAAGAUAUCUCUGAGACUAUUUCAAAUACGUUUUCGGGAUUUGGGUUUGGUGGGUUUGGUAAAAAUAACAACACAAACUUGGAUGCAGAUGAGAAUAAGAAUAAGAAUAGAAAUAGAAAUAGAGCCAAUGCGAAUGGAAACAAUAGAAACAGUUUUGGAGAUGGAAUUUGGUCACUAGCCAAGUGGACUACAACAAACCCAGAUGCAGAAAAUAUUGAAAUAGCAAAGAAAACACUCACGAAUAUCAACGUCUACAAUGGAACAAAUAUCAAGUUGUUUAGAUUAAAAUCAAAAGCAAAAGACUUUCCAACACUAUUGCAGCCAAGGGGGGCGGUUGACGCUGUAGCCGACACAUUUUUGAAGAAAAUAACAGACUUUAGACUUGGAAACAAUGAGUUGACAAGAACCAAUUCGCUGCCGGCGUUCAACACCCAAAACAACACGACCAACGACAAUGGAAACAACAGCAACAGAAACUCGGUGCAGCUCAACUCCAACCUUCAACAGGAUUUGAAAUCGUUUGUGGAAGAAUUUCAAAUUGCUGCGAAAUUAGCUGAGGGCACUGGAUUGUUGUGCCAAUUCAAAUUGGAUAUGAAAUAUAUUAAUGAGAACGAUGGCAAUAAUUUUGCUGCUGAUCGUCGCACGAGGUCUGUCACAAAUAACAAUUAUAUUUCCAAGGUGUAUGACGCGUCAAGCAGACUUCAGGAUUUUUUAGAUAAAAAUAAAGAUAACUUAUCUGCAAUUAAUUCUGAGUGCUUAAAUGUUGAUAAUGUGUGGACGGAUUCUGAGGAUGAAGAAAUGAUAUAUAAUCGGUGCAUACAGGCCUUUUCUAAGAGGAAGAUUAACCAACCGAUAAAUUACGACGAAUCUCAUUCGUGGGAAUAUUUUAAUUUAAAGAUUAAUGAGUUUGUUGGGUCAGAAAAGGGCAUUGAUGCUAAGAAAACUCCGGAAAAGCCAAAAACUAAAGAAAAACUGAAGGACAAGUCUAAAUCAAAGUUUCCUGCUAUUGCUCCCACUGCUGCUACGGUCGAUGGCAGUAAUGGCAAAAGCAUUAUCAAUAGGGAUAGCAAUAGGGAAAAACGCGAUUCUAAUAAAUUUAAAUUAAGAUCAUCAAAUCGAACUCCAAAGUCCAAGAAAUCAAUCUCGAAUAGAAACAUUAAGGAGGUGUUGGAAGAUUUCAGAGCUAUUGAGAGAAAUAAAAGAAAAGCUGCAAAGGAGAGACGUGAAAGAGCCUCAAAGAGAAGAAGUCUCUUAGAAGGUAAUUCAUCAUCAAGUGCCAUUGAGCCAACAAACUCAACUGCAUUAGUGAAAAUCUCAGAUUCUGAUAGUUCUAAAAAUUCUGAUGAAUCAAUAGCAAGAAACCCCUCAAACAUAUCAAGAAACCAAAAUUCAAAAUAUUCAUCAGGCGAGAAAUCAAAACGGCUUCGCAAUAACAUAGAAACCGCUAGAUUAAAAAGAAUUAAAAAGGUAAAUAUAAAACUCAAUAAUAUAAAAAGAAAUAUAAAAAAAGGACAUACUCUUUAUAAGAUAGAUAAAUCCGAAAAUAUAAAAAGCGAAAAUCACAAAACAGAAACAAAUAACAAAUCAAAUUUGAACUUCACAAAACCUGAAAUUAAAGCUUAUAAGACUCUUGAUGAAUACAAUGAAUACAUCAAGUCUCUUGAAUUUCAAUUACAACUCCAAAAAAGUAAUAGAAAGCAAUUGGAAAACGAAUCAGGCAGAAAAUUGAAAAAAUUUAAACUAGAUCUUGAAGUUCUAGAGAAUGAUUUAGAAACAAGCACAAAUCUAAAAUUACUCAAUUUAAAAAGAAAAUUAAGUGACAUUGACUUUGAAUUGAAAAUUGAAAAAAUCAAAUCAUCUUAG